AACAGUGCUGCUAUGCAGCUGUAAUUCCUCGGUAUGCAGUUCCUCGGAUGCGGCAUUGAUGACUGCGCCGCAGCCUUCUCCAUGGAAAGAACGACACUGCAGACUUCCUCAGUCAGAUCCUUGGAUGGCAAGGCUGCAGCUGACCCUGACACUGCGGAAUUCUGAGCCAAUAGAUGUCCGUCACUGUUCCGGCAACUGACGCAUCAUGAUGCGGAGCUUGAGGGAUGUAUUUUUCUUUUCUUGUUGGUCAUGUAUUCAAUAUGAUUUAAUUUCAAUAGGUGGGAUUCCUUUCUCACGUGUAGUAAUCUAAAUAAAGUUGAUAAUGGUAAUUUAAGAUGAUUAUGCAACCUAUAUAUAUAUAUAUAUAUAUAUAUAUAUAUAUAUAUAUAUAUAUAUAUAUAUAUGUGUGUGUGUGUGUGUGUGUGUGUGUGUGUGUGUAUCUCUCUCUCUAUAUAUACUUGCUAACCUUUUCUUCCUUUAAUUCUUUAAAAAAAGAAAACAAAUACAUGUUGAAGAAUGCCUUUUUUCGAUUCCAUUUAACACAUGCUGUAUAUUUAUAUAAACAAAAAUGAUUUGCUCAAUUUUUUUAUGUAAUAAUUCAUAAAACUACAUGGAAUCUAUUAUAAUAUUGGACAAAUUGAGCCAUAACAUAAAACGUUAGAAACGUUGUUGUGUCAUGUUCUGUACAUCUAAGGUCAAUGAGGGUAUUUCCUUGCUUGCAGAAUCGUGUGAUACGUGCACUUUGGCACACAGUAAUGUAAACACAAUUGCUCUACCGCGUAUCCAGAAAACUCAUUUAGUAUUGUAUUAAUGUUGAAAUUAAUACAAUACUGUCUUUGUCUCAUUAAUCCCGUAGUUUUUUUUUUUUUUUUUUUCGAUUUCCCAGUAAUAACUGUUAAUUAUGAUUAAGUUAUGGUUAGGGAAAUUAAAUACAAUAAUAUUUGGAUGAGUGUAAACAUAUGUAGUGUAAAUAUGUAAAUAUCCUAAUAUACACUGCGUGUAGUUCCUGCUAUAAAUAGACACUUUCCUAAUUGUAAAUUUAUACAGCUGACUCUAACUUGGCUCUUUUUGUAAAUGUGAAUUUUUUUGCUCAGUUCUUCAUUUUCAAAGACAUAUUCAACUUCCUGUAUUCUUAGUCACAUUUGUUAUUCUAAUUCCUACAUAAACUAUAUAAGACAAUGAUACGCAAUUAAAAGUCAAUGCAAUUAACAGUAAUAAACAUGUAUAUGUUGUCUGUAUAUUUUGUCUUAUUGUCUGAUAAAUAAUAAGUCAAAGCAUACUGUACCUUGUCGGUAUCCAGGAAGUUUUGAAGCUCACAUUCUGUGGUAAGUCGUGGAACUGCAGCAAUAAUUGCGUAUGCGUCACUCCGGGUGCCAAAGAUGCAACAAAGACUUUUAUUUAUUUAUUUAUUUAUUUGUUUGUUUGUUUGUUUGUUUGUUAUCUAUAAAUAUAUCAAUUAAGUAUUGUGCGAAAAAUGGACAAACUAGAAUCCCAAUAAAAGUUUUAUGUGGCAGUGGAACUUGAGUCUUGAGUGCUCCAAAAUGUAUCACUUACAAGGUCAGCUUAGUUUCAGUCACUAGUUACAAACAGCAGAUUAUAAAUAGGCACGUAUAUUGUUAUCACAUGCUAAAUAAUUUGAACUAACAUGUAUUGUAUACCACUUGAGUAUCUGGAGGGUAGGGGACUAAUGCUUCUCCUCAUGAAUGAAUAAAAUAACACACAGUAGUCUGAGCUGAAGUGCAGUACCUGUAGUCAUUUCAAGUUAUAACGAGGGGAAAUUAUAUACCUGGCACCGCAACAAUAAACAAACAACAGCAUAACGAUCUAUACUGUAACACACCUGAUGACAACAACAUCUUCGUGGGAAGCAAUUUUUUUUUUUCAGAACAGUGCUGUGUUUGUGUGUGUGUUUCAACGUCACUUCCUAAAUGCUUGCCUCCCGCUGUGUUGGUUGCUGUGGCAACAGAGCUACAACAGUCUGCUAGACACCUAAGCUGUUUUUGUAAGCCUGUGUUACGCUAAUAUAACAUUGUUAGGAUCUUUUUUCCUACACCGUUUUAAAACUAGUCAGAUUAAUAAUUCAAAAACACGUACGUAACGAUUAAAUCACUUGCAGAUGUGGUAGACCGGCCUGCCUUGUAGUGCGAGUACCUGAGAUUCAGUGAGAAGGAUGAAUGAUCUUCGGAUUGAGUGAGUUUUAUUAAGUCCCAGUUUCAAAACAUGAUGGAUUCCCAGAACAAGAGACGUGAACCUUGAAGUCGAUGCAAAAACUGAGAAAGAUGAAGAGAUGGAAUUGAAUGAGUCCGAUAGGAAAUGUGUUGAUGCCCUUUUAGAUUUCAGCGAAGAACUGAGUAGGAGGGAUGAAGAUCCUUUUGAGUGUUACAUUCACUCAGGCUGGGGAGAUGUAACUCAAGGCUGGGGGAUGUCCUCUCCAUUUGCCUGUUUCCAAAUUCAGAAAAAAAACAGAAAAUCCAAGCAGGCAGAUACAGGGUACCACUGCUUGCUUUGCUUAGCUGCUGUACAACAACUGUCAGAACAAAAUUCUCCUAAAGGAGCCAGUGCAGCUUUAGAAUCUUCCAAACCGGCCUGCCGUUCAGCUGACAAUGCUCUAACUGAAAGCCCCCUUGCGCCUGUAAUUUAUCGAAGCAGAUCAUGUACCGCUUCUACUCCAAUUAGAGGUAACUCCAGUUUAAAAGCAAAUUCUAUGAACCAGUUACUGUCUAUACAAGCAAAAGAACAAUCUCAAUUGUGCAAAGGAAAAUCAGAAGACGCUGAAGCGAGUGCACCUGAAGAAACUGCAAACAAUUUAAAUGACAAGCUUGUACGGUGCCAGUCAACUAAAGAGACCGGCCGCUCGGAAGCUCUAGUUAUCAACAGUUUUGCUGUCUUACCACCUGUGAAACCAGCUAGUCCCAGUUAUCAAAGGCGACCUUCUUCAGCAAAAAAAAGUGAGAUUAUAGUCUCUCCUAGCACUGCAAACAAUAGGACAACUAGUAGCAGAUCAGAUAGAACACCCAAGGCAGAGGAGAGAAAAGAUGACACACCUGGUACACAAAAGGACCUGAAUCAGCCCCAGGACGGGGAGAUUUCAGUUGCCUCUCUUAUGCCGAGGGCCCCUGCUCAGUCUGAACCUGGACUUUGGCACUGGCAAUCGCCCUACAUUCCAAGCAAACAACUUCUGACUGCUUACAGGAUUCAUACCGCCAAGAAAACGGAGGCCUCAUUCAGUACGACUGUGAUUCUGCAUGGGCGGGGUACACGGAGCAGUGGAAGGAAUCUUAAGCAAGAAGAUUUGAGUACAGUGACUUUUAAUAAGAAUGGCCAGAACCACAAACUUUUAUUUGGGCUGAAGCCCAUAAAUAUAAUCAGAGGAACCGAUCCACCAUCACAACAGACGUUGCCAGUACUAUCAGGAACUAGAGUUCCGAUACCAGUGUCAUCUCAUCGACUGCUGUGAUCUUUGUUAUUGUGACACGGAACUAGGCAUUAACACAGUAUUUUGUGAUGAAGGGUUAACAUAGUUUUAAGAUAACAAUGCACUUGAAAUAACUGGUAAUGUAGAUAAUUUGCAUAAGAAACUAUAAUAUUGCUUUGUUAAGACUACUUCCAAACUCCAAAUUUAAUAUCAAACCUUUAACUAAUUUAAUUAAAUGAAACCUGCUUUAAAAAGUCUUCAAAUAAAGUGCUAGAUAAAAUGUUAUAAAUAGUGCUGUAUGGGUCAAAACAUAAUUGAACUUAACGGCCGCAGAUGUAAAUACAGCCAGUCUUUAGAUGAUUAAAACAUGCCCUUUUUUACCAAGGUUGUACAAAUCAAAUCAAACACUAAAUAUAAUGUCUCUAAAACUAAUCCUAUUUGAAUGAUUUAGGAGACAGCGGUAUUUAGAUCCGCUACGGUUUAAAAUCAAUUGAAUAGACCCAAAUGUGUUGAAGUAAGAAUAACAUUAUACUGAUAAACAACGAAAACUGUUGCAUCGGUAUAUUUCAAGAGUUGUGGUUGAUUUCCAGAUAUCUGAACAUGUAUUAAAGUGAUAUUUAUAUUUGACACUAUAUAUAUAUAUAUAUAUAUAUAUAUAUAUAUAUAUAUAUAUAUAUAUAUAUAAUGCUGCUUUACAAACUCAUCUUGCAAUACCACUAUCAUUGUUACAUAAGCUUUGAGUUGUAGGAUGCAGCUUCUUUAAGGCCGGAAAUACUAUAGCAACAUGAACAUUUGAUGAACAGCUUAAGUACCCAUUUGUAAUGUCAGAAUAGUACUGUACAUGUCAGUUUAACACUUAUGUAUUUAUUUAAAGAGGCAUUAUUCUUUUCUCCACAAUUACUCAUUAUCCUGCACUGUAAACCAUGCUUUUACAUUGAUAAGGUAAGGAACUACUGCCCAUGUCUAAAUUGUGUUAAUUUCCUCUUUUAAAGGGUUUGGCUCUAAAUAUGCAUUUGUAAC